UAAAAAUGUUGCGAGGAGCGUUCGUGGGUCGCCGCGCGGCCGUCGCGCUGGGGGCGGGCCUCGCCUCUGGUCUCUGCCUGCAGGGCGGUCGGAGCCGCAACGACGAGCGCCCACCAUCCAUCGUCAUCGAGCAAGCUGAAGCGGCCGAAGCCACGGAGGGCGCUGUGCCACGGCAUUACCCGUACGUGAUUCUGGGCGCGUGCACCGCAGCCCACGCUGCCAUCGAGGCUAUUUUGCAGCAGAGCCCACUUGCCGACAUUCUCAUGAUCAGCGAAGAGACGCAUUUGCCGCGGCUCGAUGCGACGCAGGACGGGCCGACAAGCGACGCCCCGCUCUCGGACGCGCUCAUGGAGUCGUACAACGAGUGGCGCCGGUAUAUCACACCGCGUCUUGACGAUGAGCACGCAACGCCGUCCGUCUCGCUCGUGCUCGGCAUGCAGAAUUUGCACGUCGACGUCGAGCAAAAGCGCAUCACGCUGCCCGACAAUGCGCAGAUCUCGUACGACAAGUGCCUCAUUGCGACGGCGGGCAGACCACGGCCCUUGUACGUGCUCGAUAGCUCCAAGAUUUCGUAUGCGCUUCGCGACAAGGUCAACACCGUGACGACGCUCUCCGACUUUGGCGCACUCGACCGUCUCUCGACACGCCGGGCGAUUACGUCCGUGACCGUGGUCGGCGGCGGCUUCCUGGGCACCGAGGUGGCGGUGGCGCUCGCGACAGACCCCCGCAACAGCCACUUGCAGGUACAACAAAUGUUUGUCGACGGCCAAGGCCCGUGCGCGCGCCACGUCCCUGCGUAUCUCAGUGCGGAAAUUACGCGGCGGCUGCAGGCAUAUGCGCACGUCGACGUGCACACGCAUACGCUGGUGACAAGUAUCAAGCCCGACAUUGCGACAGGCGGCGUGCAUCUCUCGUGCAUGGGGGCCGCGACCGCCGACGUCGUCACCGACUAUGCUGUGCUCGCAUCGACUCAAAUUGAACCGGACGUCGAGUGUGGGCAGUUUGACGGCCUCGAGAUCGAUGCGCUGCACGGCGGCAUCGUCGUGAACGCGCAGCUGGAGGCGGUACGGGACCUCUUUGUUGCAGGGAGCGUCGCGAGCUACUACGACUCGUUUGUUGGUCGACGCCGCGUCGACCGGUACGACCACGCGGUCAACAGCGGGCUCGUUGCCGGCCAAAACAUGGUGAAUGCGACCAAGAAAAUGUACCGGCACCAGCCCAUGUUUCGCAGCCACAUGCCCGGGAUCCACGUGACGAUCGAGGGCAUUGGCGACAUCGACAGCCGCCUCCAGACGCUCGGCGUGUGGCUGUCGCCACCCAAAAAGUUUGGCGCCGACGAGAGCUACCAGCGCGGCCUUGUCUACUACCUCCGCGCCAACAAGAUUGUGGGCAUUUUGCUCUGGAACGCGCCCGACUUGCUCGAGAGCGCGCGCGACGUCAUGGUGCACAAGCCCACGUACGACCACGUUCAGCAGCUCUCCAAAGUCAUUUCGUUGGGUCCGGACGACUGGCUCCGGUCGAUCGCCACGGACGACGACCAUGCAUGAUGCGCCGGUGACGCGGCCGCGUCGCGCGCGUAUCCCAGCCCGUCCCAUCAACCCAAUGACGCCCGCGUGUGUCAGCUGCAUAUCUCUCCAAAACCCUGCCAAAAAUGAUCAUGCAUGCUUUGACUUUGCACCCACUGGUCGAUGCGCUAGAAGA